AUGGAUUAUAGCCAAUUAGAUGCGAACAUUAAUGGCAACAUUAAUACGGGCAAUAUCAAUACGAAUGACUUCCUAGCCAUAUUCUCAUCAACAACCGUCAGCAAUGCAACAUUACUCGACCCGCCACUACUUACAGUCGAUGGCGCCAUCACCACACUCAGCCCGAAUAAUUAUGUCAAUGACAGUUACUACUUCGUGAAUAGCAACUUUUAUAAUAGCAGUUCGAUUUUGAAUGGCAUCGGCAAUUAUUCCAAUCAAACGUUGACGGGUGUGACGGCCAACCUGACGAGCAACGUGACGGAAGUGCAAUGGGACGGCCGCUACCCCAGCGGCUAUACGCUGCCGCAAAUUGUGAUCGCUUCGGUGAUAGUGACGAUACUGAUGAUUAUCAUCGUGGUGGGCAAUAUGCUGGUCAUCAUUGCCAUUGCGACGGAGAAGUCGCUAAAGAACAUACAAAACUGGUUCAUUGCCUCGCUGGCGGUGGCGGACUUCUUCCUCGGCCUCAUCAUAAUGCCCUUCUCGCUGGCGAACGAGCUGAUGGGCUAUUGGAUAUUCGGCAGCUGGUGGUGCGACAUACACUCGGCCAUGGAUGUGCUGCUCUGUACGGCGUCCAUAAUGAAUUUGUGUUUGAUAUCGUUGGAUCGCUACUGGAGCAUCACGAAGGCGGUGGACUAUCUGAAGUCGCGAACGCCGGCGCGUGCAGCGAUUAUGAUUGCCGCUGUGUGGAUAAUGUCCGCGUUGAUUUGCAUACCGCCACUGCUGGGAUGGAAGAAGAAGAUGCCGGAGGGACCGUUGCCCAAAUGUGCGGUAAGUGAUGUACCAUAG